AAUCGUAACGCGAGCUUGUUUGUUGUGUAUUGCAAUCAAAUAUUACUUUUCUAUUAAUUGUUUUUAAUCAGUAAUUACUUGCUAAUAGUUAAACUAUGGAAGGUUUUGAUGAUCCCGGUGUUUUCUUCUCUGAUAACUUUGGUGUUGAAGAAAACGAGUCUCAGGAUCAAGUUAACCUCCAAGCAGUGAAGAAGAAGUUCAAAGAAUUCAUUCGUCAGUUUCACUCAGGAAAUUUUAACUACAAAUACAGAGAUGCACUCAAGCGCAAUUAUAAUUUAGGUCAUUAUUGGGUGGAGAUAAAUAUUGAAGACUUAUCUAGUUUUGAUGAAGUUUUAGCCGAGAAGCUUUACAAGAAACCCACAGAACACUUGCCCAUUUUGGAAGAGGCUGCUAAAGAGUUGGCUGAUGAAUUGACAGCUCCUAGGCCAGAAGGUGAAGAAAAAGUUGAAGAUAUACAAGUAUUAUUGUCGUCAGACUCACAUGCUGCUAACUUACGAGAACUUAAAUCGGAAACAGUGUCUCGUCUCAUCAAAAUACCUGGCAUAGUUAUAUCUGCCUCAGGAAUCAAAGCCAAAGCAACCAAGAUAUCGAUACAGUGUAGAUCAUGUCGUAAUAUCAUCCCCAAUCUGCCUGUCAGGCCGGGCCUUGAGGGCUAUGUGAUGCCAAGGAAAUGUAACACGGAACAAGCUGGCAGACCCAAAUGCCCCUUAGAUCCUUACUUCAUCAUUCCAGACAAAUGCAAAUGCAUAGAUUAUCAGGUGUUAAAGCUGCAAGAGGCGCCGGAAAGCAUCCCGCAAGGCGAGAUGCCGCGCCACCUGUCGGUGUACUGUGAACGAGUGCUGUGCGAGCGCGCCGCGCCCGGCUCGCGCGUUACUGUGCUCGGCAUCUACUCUAUCAAGAAGAUCGCUAAAGUUGGGAGAGAGAACCGCGACAAGGGUUCCGUCGGCGUACGCUCAUCCUACCUCCGCGCCGUGGGCCUAACAGCUGAAGAAGGAGUAACAGGCGGGCUGCGGCCCUUCACGGCCGACGAGGAGGAGCAGUUCCGACGCCUGGCGGCCGCGCCCGACGUCUACGAGCGAAUCGCCAAGUCCAUCGCGCCCAGUGUGUUCGGGGCUGUUGAUAUGAAGAAGGCUAUAGCCACGCUGCUGUUUGGAGGAUCUCGCAAGCGCCUGCCCGACGGGCUCACCCGGCGCGGGGACAUCAACAUCCUACUCCUGGGCGACCCCGGUACCGCCAAAUCGCAGCUGCUGAAGUUUGUGGAGAAGGUGGCUCCCAUCGGAGUAUACACGUCUGGCAAGGGCUCCAGCGCGGCCGGUCUCACUGCAUCGGUUAUUCGAGACCCGGGAAGCCGCAACUUCGUAAUGGAAGGCGGGGCGAUGGUGCUGGCCGACGGCGGCGUGGUGUGCAUCGACGAGUUCGACAAGAUGCGCGAGGACGACCGCGUCGCCAUACACGAGGCCAUGGAGCAGCAGACCAUCUCCAUCGCCAAGGCGGGUAUAACCACGACCCUGAACUCGCGCUGCUCCGUGCUAGCGGCCGCGAACUCGGUCUUCGGGCGCUGGGACGACACGAAGGCGGACGACAACAUCGACUUCAUGCCCACCAUCCUGUCGCGGUUCGACAUGAUCUUCAUCGUCAAGGACGAGCACGACCAGAACAGGGAUAUUACGCUGGCCAAACACAUAAUCUCAGUGCACAUGGGCGGCGACACGACCGAGCGCGCGGCAGCGGCCGGCGAGCUCCCUCUAGCGUUACUGCGGCGCUACUCGGCCUACUGCCGCGCGCGCUGCGGCCCGCGCCUGUCCGCCGCCGCGGCCGAGCGCCUGCGAGCCCGAUACGUGCUCAUGCGCAGCGGCGCCUCGCAGCAGGAGCGCCAGGCUGACAAGCGCCUGUCCAUACCCAUCACUGUGAGACAAUUGGAAGCCAUCGUCCGUAUAUCAGAAUCUCUCGCCAAAAUGCAACUCCAACCUUUCGCGACGGAAGCGCACGUGAGUGAGGCGCUACGACUGUUCCAAGUCUCUACCUUGGACGCCGCUAUGACUGGAAGCCUGUCCGGAGCAGAAGGCUUCACCUCGGAAGAAGAUCAUGAGAUGCUGACCCGCAUUGAAAAACAACUGAAGCGUCGGUUCGCAGUGGGCUCACAGGUGUCGGAGGCGACCGUGAUGGCCGACUUCAUGCGCCAGAAGUACCCGGAACGCGCUGUGCAGAAGGUCAUCCACGCCAUGAUCCGGCGCGGCGAGCUGCAGCACCGUCUGCAGAGGAAGAUGCUCUACCGGCUCUCGUGAGCGCGCGGCCAAUCAGUGGCGAGAGAAGUGUUUCUUUCGGCAUCCUCUCUCUGUUUCUCAUAAUCAAAGACCACCGCUACAAAACUUAGGCUGAUUUGUACCACCUAACUUUGACCGUAACUAUGACGAUAAUCGGUGGUUUUUGUAUGGAAUUUGACAGAUUUUUUACGUUUGUCAAAGUUAAAGUAAGAUGGUGCAAUCCUGUUUACCCGUGUCUCUAUAAACACUAGCAAAACCAGUGUGCUUCAAAUACGCACCAUUGAAGCCAUUAGACAGAAUAAUUUUAACAGCCAUAGUAAAGUGUUGCUAUACUGCUGAUACUUAGCUAUCGAUUGACCUUCAAAAUCAGUUAUCCGGUAUAAAAAUCGAUAGUAUAGGGCUGUUACGAAUACAGCAAUGGUAAACAUGAAUCCUAAAAAACCUCUAACAACCUUUUGCAACUAAAUAUCGACAGUGUCGUUACUACUGAUAAAACGAGUUGUUGAUCCAAUCUCGAUUAUAAGUUCUACAUCAAGUGACUCGUAUUUUUGUGUCGUAAUAAUUAAGAUAAUGUUAAAUAAUUUUAGUAUUUUUAUAAUAAAUAAAAGGAACUCAAUGCAA